AGUCAGGGGCCGUGCGGGGCCAUGGGCUGCUGCCAAGACAAGGACUUUCCGACCACCGAUGAGCAGGCCAAAGAGUUCGAGGGAGCUGGGGAAGGUAGGACCAGGGGCGGUGAGGGCCCGGGUUGGGGAAGGCGCUGCCCCAGGGGAGAGCCCUGGAGGUCCACGGCGGCGGAGGGUAGGGGUGAGUUCAGCGGCCUCGUCCCUGCAGGCGCCCACGGAAUCGAUUUGGACUCCCCGGGCCACCGGAAUCGCAAGUCGAACGAAAGCCUUCUGAUCACCGUGCUGUGGCGGCGGCUAUCCCUGUUCAGCCGCCGGGGCUCCUCGCGGUCCACCAAGAGGCAGUCAGAGCAGAUCCAGAAGAAGGAGAGUCCGAUCCCGGAGGACAAGCCUGAGGACAGCCAGGAAGAGCCGGAGAAGGGGUGACCCCAACCCUGCUGUCAGUCCGCCGCAGCCCUCAGAGAAUAAAAUUUCUAACGUGGACCCGCCACGUGACUC